CACUCUCCCAUUCUCACAUGGUGCAGAAGAUCCUCCAGCGGUUCAGCCUUUAGUUCUCUUUUAGCACAUCCCACCCCUUUGGCUGUGGAUCACAAGCUCUCUGCUCCUGUUUCGGCUGAGUCGGCCGAACCCCGCGGUCCAUACGCAAAGCUGGUUAAAUGCCUCAUGUACGUGAUGACGUGCACUCAACCAGAUCUAGCGCACCCUUUCAAUAUCCUUGCUUGCUUUGUUGCGACUGGCAGACACCGACCAGAGCAGUAGUCGGCUGCCAAGAGGGUGACGCGGUAUCCGGCGAGUACAUUAGAACUGGGGCUUGUGCUGGGAGGACAGGAGCCAGUGGUCCUCGCUGGACACACAGACGCAUCGUGGGCUGAUGACCUGGAGAUAGUCAAGUCCUCACAGGGCUCUUGCUUUAGUCUUGGUGCAGGUGCAGUCUCGUGGAGGCCCACUAGGUCAUCGUCUUUAGCUCAGUCCAGUUGUAAGGCAGAUAUCUACCCUGGGGCUAUGGCCGCUCAGGAGGCCUCAGAGGCCAACACUGCUGAUAUCUUCACCAAGGACCUAGGGCCUUGUGACCAUCAACGGUUC